AAACCCCAGAAGAAGAAGAAGAAGAAGAAGAUCAACAAGAAAAACAAGAAGAACUAAAUGUUUGGGGAAAUAGUGUCGUUGUUUGCUUAUCUACAUCGGUAUUCGUUAAAGCUUGUCGGUAUUCAGUACAGAUUGGGACAAUGAGUACUUUCUGAGCGCCUUCUUCAGUCAGUUGAACGCAGUGUGGAUGUUGGUGAUUUGGAGAACUUUAUUAGGUGAUAAGAGAGGAGAGUGAUGGCGAUAGCGCACGCCGCCACAGACUAUGUGUUCACGGACUUCGUGCUGAAGGAGCCCGCCUCAGAGAACCGCUACAGAGGCAUCCGUCUGGAGCUGGCCCUGGAUAAGAUGGUGACCUGUGUGGCUGUGGGACUGCCCCUCCUGCUCAUCUCUCUCGCCUUCGCCCAGGAGGUGUCUGUCGGUACACAGAUUAGUUGUUUCUCCCCGACGAAGUUCUCGUGGCGUCAGGCAGCGUAUGUGGAUUCGUUCUGCUGGGCUGCAGUGCAGACACAGGACACAGGAGGACUGCCGCUGUGGCUGCACAAGUUCUUCCCUUAUGUGCUGCUGCUGGUGGCAGUAUCAGUUUAUUUGCCGGCGUUGUAUUGGCGCUUCACAGGAGCUCCAGUGCUUUCUUCUGAUCUGACCUUUAUAAUGGAAGAACUGGACCGGUCCUAUAACAGAGCCGUCAAACUGUCGAAAUGCCUUUACACAGCAGGAAAACUGGACACUGAGUCAGCCCGCAUGGACUCACACAGCUCUGUGAGAGAUCUUACCGAGAGCUACUUUAAAUAUCCUCUGGUGGAGCAGUACCUGAGGACCAAGCGCUUCUCUCGAGGAUUACUGAUCCGAUACCUCCUCUGCCGCACCAUCACUUUCCUGGCCCUCGUGCUAGCCUGCAUCUACCUCUGCUUUUACAUCCAUCUCUCCUUCACAGAUGAGUUUCAAUGUGACAUCCGCACCGGAGCGGUUCUCAACGACUCCUCAGUUCCUCCGGCCAUGCAGUGCAAGCUUGUCGCUGUGGGCAUCUUUCAGCUCCUGAGCUACAUCAAUCUGUGUGUGUAUCUGCUGCUGGUGCCAUUGUGCUUGUACGCCAUGUUGGUUCCGUUCAGAAGGACCUUGGGCUUCUUGAAACCCUACGAGAUGUUACCCACUAUAGGGGUAAUGCAGUUUGGACCGGUGACCUGGGAUGAUCAAGCACUGUACCUGCUGUUUCUGGAGGAGAACCUCAGUGAGCUGAAGAGUUAUAAGUGCCUGAAGGUGUUGGAGUUGUUAAAAGAGCAGGGAGAGGACUCGUUUGACGCCUUGCAGCUGUUGCAGACUCUUGGACAGGUUAAGACCGAUGUGGUGGACGGCAGAUUGACAGGAAAGGACCAGAAAAUCAACAGCACCAACAAUGGUGACAUUGAAAUGAAAGAGGUCUCUCCUCUGCUGCAGGAUGCUGGCGUGAGAAGUCCUGAUGGAGAGAAGGUUGUGCGUCAGAGGGUGAUCUGAGCUGAGCUGAGCUGGGCUGUGGUGUGUACAGAGAGUGCUGCGUCACACACCUGGAGCACACACAGGAAGAGGAAGAUGUGUGAACAUCUGGAGCACACAGAGGAAUAGAUGGAGGAAGACUGGGAGAAUGCCGUCCUUUCAUGAUGAAUGCAUUACUAAGACUCACGGACUGCAGUCAGAUCCUGUUUUAGUGCUUCUUGUGGGGUUGGAUAUGAACUGCUUUAUAUUACCUUAGUUUCAUAGCAGAAGAUGAAGAGUUAUUGUGUGGAAAUGAUGCCUUUACUUGACUUGUAAAACUGACUUAUUCAGGUCCAUGCUCACAUUGUCACGCACCAGACCAAAGCUGCCUGUGAGUGUCUGCUGAUUCUCUCAUUCUGAAAUAAUGAGGAAAAUGUAAUAAACUGAAUGAAAAUGUUAAUCUGAGAAUCUUUUUGAAAUGUGAAUUGUGGGAAGAGGAUGAAAUUGGAUUAUCUGCCGUUUCUGCGCAGAUUGAUUUGUCCAUUUGUUUUCUGCAUCCAUGGCAUUUUUAAUACUUGUGUGAAUCAUGUUUUGUGUCUUUGUUCUGAAAAAUAAAAAAAGAUUUUUUUUCUUU